AUGUCCCUGUACUUACUGUCAGUCGCUCUGGAUAAGAGCGUCUGCUAAGUGACUAAAUGUAAAUGUAAUUAAGUUACAUUUAUUGGAUUUCUUUAGUAAGAUGUGCAGUUGGGUUUUGCAGUGUAGACUCACAUAAGCCGAGGACAACAAGGCUUGCAGUGAUGCAGUCAGACUCCACAAAGGUGACAUGAAUUGUGGAAAUGGGUUAGAGAUGUGGUUACAGAUUAAUCAUUUCUCGAAAGCACUACAUCAGUGAAAACCAAGCCACUUCUGCAAUUUAUUAAUGUAUAAUAAUAAUGACUUGGAAGCUUUACUGUGAUUUGUGGCUCACAUUCUUCUAUGACUGUUCAUCAUACUUCUAAAUUAUCCACUAAACAAUCACACACAUAAACAUAUGGAGGAGUGUGUGUGUACAACUAGUGAAAUAAAAUAUAUUGCUACAUUUACUGAAUUAAGUACUUAUUCGUAUCUUGUUUAUUUAUUUUCUUUAGUAUUUAUCCUCUUAACUGAGAGUAAAAAAAACCCACUAUACUCUCCAUUUCCUUCUUUGAACACUUGCAUACCUUCCUCACGGUCACCGCCAGCCCCCUCCUACAUAUGCCACACAACUGUAUCACAAGUCACCAAAACGUUUGUCCGUGAGCACCUGUUGUACAAGACUGCAUCAGAGUGAAAUAAUAUGUUGGGAUUCCCGAUGGAUGGCGGAAAGAUUGUAAUCAAUUCAGAAUUUGAGAAGUUUUUCGAAAACGACACAUAUGACUUCUACAAUGAUAGUGAAGGAGAUACGUGUUGCGGUGCAGGAGAGGUGUGUGACUUGACCGAAGGCAUGCGUUUUGACGCAGUCUUCCUCCCGUUGUUGUACUCUGUGGCUGUGGUCUUGGGCCUGCUCGGAAACGGGCUCGUCUUCUGGAUUCUGGCCCAGAAGAAGCGGAGCUGGACCGUGACAGACACCUUCAUCUUGCACCUAGGCGUUGCCGACAGCAUGCUGCUGUUCACCCUGCCGUUCUGGGCAGCUCAAGCCACUCAAACUGAGGGGUGGACCUUUGGGACGCCGCUCUGCAAAAUUACUGGCGCUAUCUUCCAGAUUAACUUCUACUGCGGGAUCUUCCUGCUAGCCGUCAUCAGUCUAGACCGCUACCUGUGCAUCGUCCACGCUGCGCAGAUGUACUCCCGCAAAAAAACCUGGGUGGUUCACACUAGCUGUGCAUCCGUGUGGCUCUUUUCCAUCCUCCUCUCCAUCCCUGACUGGCUGUUCCUGGAGUCUUUAACGGACACCAGGCGUAACAAAACAGAGUGUGUCCAUAACUACCUGGCGUACGGUCAUUCCGUGUCUCAAUGGCGCUUGGCGUCCCGUCUGAUCUACCACCUGGUGGGCUUCCUGCUUCCUUCCGCCGUCCUCCUCUACUGUUACUCCUGCAUACUGCUGCGGUUGCAGCGCGGCUCUCAGGGACUCCAGAAGCACAGGGCGGUCAGGGUCAUCCUGGCCUUGGUUCUGGUCUUCUUCCUCUGCUGGACGCCCUACAACAUCACCCUCAUGGUGGACACGCUCCAUACCAACAACACCCUGAAGAACACCUGCGAGACGAUGACCAGCCUGGACAUCGCCCUCUCAGCCACAUCCUCUCUGGGCUACCUUCACAGCAGUCUCAACCCGGUGGUGUAUGCUUUCGUGGGGGUGACGUUCCGGCGCCACCUGCUGGCCAUACUGAGGUCGCUGGGCUGUAAGAUGAAGAUCGGGGCAGGAAUGAGAACCGCUGACAGCAGGAGGAGUUCUGUGUGGUCGGAAUCGGGAGACACAUCCAACACUCUCGCCAUUUGAGAGGGGCGAAGAGAGAAGGGAGACAGAGAGAGUCGGCUGCAGGGGAUGCCGUAGCGCUUGGUGCCCUGUUCCAACUGUUCCACUUUAUAUGAUAAUAAUCUGACUUUUGUCCAAUUCUAAUUUCCUUAUUGAUACGAAGGAGUAGUAAGGGCAAAGAGGUUGUAACCAGAAACCCCUUGUAGCAUUGUUGUGUGAAGCCAUGAAGCCAUAAAGCCAACUUAUUUUCACUUUUCCUUCAGAGCUAGAUUCUUCUUUAUUUAUGUGUUAGGAACCUUAUAUAAGAUAAUAAGUAGAGUAUAUUGAUUUGACUUUGUCAAAACAUAUUUGUGUUUUUUUAUAAGAUAAUUUGACCUUUGUGGAAUUAUGACUUAGUUAAACUGAUUGUCUAAAUGUGUGAAUUAUGAUGAUAUAAGUAUUUUUUCAUGACUUGUCCAAUAAAGUUAUAUUUUCUUACUGU